AUGGCACGCACGCGCUUAAGCCGGCCGUCUGCAACCCUCACGUCGUCCGGUAUGCGGCGUGACCGUCGUGCCAUCAUCCUGUGUCGUCCGUGGACGCCGGCCUGCAACAGGGCCGAGUGGCAGCAACAGACAGGUGCACGAUUCCUGUCGGGAAGCCCUGCCGUGCGACGCAAGACCUCGCCCAAACGCGCGUGCGGCAUGCUGGGCGUCCUUCAUAUCUACAUCCUUGUUCCGUCACUGCGCGUCCUCGUGGGCUCCCUUUUCCCAACCGCGGCCUACGAUAUCCGCAGCCGUAUCCGCAAAGCUGGAGCUCCUGCUGCUGCUGUUUUGCUGAUCGAGCUCGCCGCAUCGGCCGGGACUACAAGUAGACUAGAGAGGCAGCAACAAGGUCCAGCGUGCAACAAGGGUGGCAGGGAAGAAAGUGGCAACCCUCCCAAGGUUGUGAUGAAGGACUCUUGGCCCAUCACCUGUGACCAGCUGGGAAACUGUCGCCUCUAG